AUGGUGGAGGAGAGAUUCAAGGCGAUGCAAGGUCCUGAUACCUUCGGGUUGGAUGCUGCUGACAUGUGCUUAGUGCCAGACGUGAAAAUUCCUCCCAAGUUCAAAGUCCCGAACUUUGAAAAGUAUCAAGGGGUCACUUGUCCAAAGACCCACAUCCGAGAUUUCUGCAGAAAGAUGGUCGCUCAUUCCAAGGACGAGAAACUCUUAAUGCACUUUUUCCAGGACAGUCUUAGUGGAGCUUCUCUGGAAUGGUAUAUGCAGCUCAAGCGCACGCAUAUACGAACCUGGAGGGAACUUGCUGAAGCCUUCUUGAAGCAUUAUCAGUAUAACUCAGACAUGGCUCCCAAUCGGACUCAACUCCAAAGCCUUUCUCAGAAGCCAGAUGAAUCGUUCAAAGAGUACGCUCAGCGAUGGAGAGACUUGGCUGCCAGGGUUCAACCUCCCCUUCUUGAAAGAGAGAUGAUAAACAUGUUCAUGGAUACCCUUCAAGGGCCAUAUUUUGAAAAAAUCAUUGGGAGUACCACCUCGGGUUUCUCAGACUUGGUCAUUGCUGGUGAGCGAAUUGAGAAUGGCUUGAAGAUCGGUAAAAUACAAGACACAACGAUUGUGGCUAAUGGAGCAAAGAAGCCUUAUUCCGGAUUCUCAAAGAAGAAGGAAGGAGAGACCAAUGCUAUCGCUCAAGGGGGAGAUGGAGGUUAUCAAAUGCCAUACUAUCUGGUGGCAGCAGUAACACCUAACCCGUAUCCGCCGCCAGCGUAUGUCAUUCCAACUGGUCCUCCAGCGGUACAAUAUCAGCAACCCUAUGCUCCUCAGCAACCUGUCGCUCAACAGAACUACUAUCAGCAGGGUAGACAAGGACCAAGGAGGCCUCCUAGAAGGUUUGAUCCAAUUCCCAUGUCGUAUGGUCUUUUGCUAGCUCAUUUGCUCAAGGAUUCGCAGGUCCAACUGAAGGAAGCUAAGGCUCCUCCUGUACCUCUUCCUCCCGGGUAUGACAUGAACGUCAGCUGCGAGUAUCACUCUGGGACGCGGGGGCACUCGAUUGAGAAUUGCAAUAUCUUCAAUCACAAAGUACAAGACCUUAUUGACUUAAAAGCAAUAUCAUUCAAGCCAAAUGUUCCAAACAACCCCGUGAAAGCAAGUACAUCUGCAGUGCCUUAG